CUUGUCUUCACGAACACCAGCAUGAGCAUGCGGGUCAUCGCAGCAGCAGCUGCUGUCGUCCUCCUCACACUCACCCUCCUCAUACCAGCCAGCUACGGACUGUACUCGAGCAGCGACGAUGUGGUCGUCGUCACGCCCUCCAACUUUGACGCAGUGGUGACCAAUGCCGACGGACCUGUCCUCCUGGAGUUCUUCGCCCCGUGGUGCGGCCACUGCAAGUCGCUGACGCCCGAGUGGAAGAAGGCCGCCUCUGCACUCAAGGGCGUGGUCACUGUCGCCGCUCUCGAUGCCGAUGCCCAUCGCGAUCUCGCUGGCCGAUUCGGCAUCCAGGGCUUCCCCACCAUCAAGAUCUUCUCGACGGCCACCUCGCAGCCCGAGGACUACAACGGCGGCCGGACGGCCGAUGCCAUCGUCGCCGCCGGUCUCGACGCCGCCAAGAAGCUCGUUCGCUCGCGGCUCCGCGGUGGAAGCUCGGGCAAGAGCAAGAGCAAGAGCAAGAGCAAGGGCAAGGCCGACGCCGUUGUCCACCUUGACGAGUCCAACUUUGACGAGCUCGUCAUCGACUCGGGCGAGGUGUGGAUGGUCGAGUUCUUUGCCCCAUGGUGCGGCCACUGCAAGGCACUCGAGCCCGAGUGGAAAAAGGCCGCCGCUGCCCUCGAUGGCAAGGUCAAGCUCGGCGCCGUCGACGCCACCGUUUACACCCAGCUCGCCGCCCGCUACAACGUCCAGGGCUACCCGACCAUUGUCGUCUUUGGCUCCUCGGACGACGGCGAGCCUGUGCCGUACCAGGGUCAGCGCUCCGCCUCGGCCAUCGAGAGCUACGCGCUUAGCCUCGUCGACAAGCCGACCGUCCUCACAGAGCUCACCUCGGGCUCGGUCUUCUCCUCCGAAUGCACCGAUCGCAAGCUCUGCUUCGUCAUGGUCGUUCCACCUGUCGAGGAGACCGGAGCCGACGGCCGCAACGUCCUGCUCGACGUCUUUAAGACCCUCUCUGCCAAGCGCGCCGCCUCGCGCUUUGGCUGGAUCUGGUCGUCUGCCCUCCAGCAGCCGACUCUCGAGCAGGCCUUCCGCAUGGACGCCGGCUACCCGGCCGUCGUCGCUGUCAACGUCCGCAAGUCGCGCUACGCCACCUUCCGGGGCGCAGUCUCGCUUGACGGCCUCACUUCGUUCAUCGACCGUCUCCAGCGCGGCAAGGAGCCGACCGCAGAGUUUGAGCUCGCCGCUACUUCGCUCGCGGACGUCGAGCCGUGGGAUGGCACCGGCGACAAGAUCGAGUCAGCCCCGCUUGACAUCGACUGGGACGACAUCGACAUCGACUAGCUUUGCUCUCACCAGCACUGCGUAAAUCCAUGUUUUGCACACUACGAACA